AUGGGACCAUCCUCCAGCAUCCUGAUUCAAGAGACACCAGGGUUCAUCUUGACAGAGAAGAGGAUCCUGACCCGACGUGUGUUCGUCAGCUUGUACCUCAAGAUUUCCAUUGAGAAGGCAUACAACAUUUCAUCGAUGCAGCUUCCUGAGUUACAGACUUGGUACCAGAUGCACCUCCAAAGAGCACAGGACCGUGUGCGAAACAUCUUGGAGCAAGCCUGGAAACCAUUUGUAUCCAGUACUAUUUCGAUGAGCAACCGACCCAAAAGGUUCCUCACCGCCAUAAUUGUUGCAUUAGUUUGUGCCACUGUCGGUGCAGUUGUCGCAACUGGAAUGUCUGCAGCCAACUCUAUUACUGUCCAAAAGCUGGACAUGGAAAUCUAUGCACUAAAGCAACACAUUAACGAUAUUCAUCAGGUGAUAAACCAGCAAAGAACAUUUCUCCAAGACGUGUUAACUAUUGUGGAAGACACAGUUGUUACAACAAAUUUGCAUUCGAAGUUAAUUGCCAAACCCACUGAGUUGCACCAAAGUCAUGACUUAUUUAAGCGUGAACUUCUAUUUCUGCAUGACCCAAUAUUGUGCCACACACUUGCUUUUCUUGACGAAGUGCAAACUGGAAUGAUUGAAUUGGCAGGCUGA